AGGCAACACACCACUUCUCUCUCACUCACUCUCUGUUUCUCUCCUUUUAGUUGCUCCCCUUCAAUUCCGAAUCGAAACGCCUCGCUUUUUCCUCUCUCUCUACAAAUCACACACACACACACAGAGUCACUUUUCUCUUUCUGCAUUUGAAUUGUGUGAGGCGUACGUACGUCAAUGGCGGUUCCUCCGACUGUACUACCUGCAACGCCGGCAUCGUUGUACGUUGGUGACCUUCACCAUGACGUAACCGAUGGACAGUUGUUUGAUGCUUUCUCUGAGUUCAAAAGCCUUGCUUCUGUUCGCAUCUGCCGUGACUCAUCCACUGGCCGUUCCCUCUGUUACGGCUACGUUAACUUUAUUUCUCCUCAAGACGCUAUACGCGCUAUUGAGGUGAAAAAUAACUCCACUCUCAAUGGGAAAGUUAUAAGGGUUUGCUGGUCUCGUCGUGACCCUGAUGCGAGAAGAAGUGGGAAAGGAAACGUGUUCGUCAAGAAUUUAAGUGAUACAAUUAACAAUGCGAAGCUUCAAGAAAUGUUUCAAAAGUUUGGAAAUACCUUAUCUUGUAAAGUUGUCUUUUCUGAGGAAGGGAACAGUAAAGGAUAUGGCUUUGUCCAGUUUGAGUCUGAAGAAUCUGCGAAUGCUGCUAUUGAGAAGCUUAAUGGGACCAUGGUUGGAGACAAGCAGAUGUAUGCUGGUAAGUUUGUCAGGAAGAGUGACCGGAUUUUGCCCAGUCCUGAUGCUAAAUACACAAAUUUGUACUUCAAGAACUUGGACCUUGACAUCUCGGAAGAGCAUCUUAGAGAAAAAUUCUCUGGGUUUGGGAAGAUUAUUAGCUUGGUCAUUGCAAAAGAUGAGAGUGGAGCUUCAAAAGGUUUUGGAUUUGUGAACUUUGACGAUCCUGAUGAUGCUAGGAGAGCAAUGGAAGCUAUGAAUGGAUCACCAAUUGGCUCCAAGACCUUGUAUGUAGCCCGAGCACAAAAGAAAGCAGAGCGCGAACAACUUUUGAAGCGUCUGUUUGAGGAGAGAAGGAAGGAGCAAAUCAUGAAAUACCAGGGUUCAAAUGUGUAUGUCAAGAAUGUUGACGAUGAUGUCUCUGAUAAUGAGCUGCGCGAGCUGUUUAGCCAAUGCGGCACAAUUACUUCUGCAAAA